ACUCAACACCCAUUGCGCCUUCGAUCCAGUCGCUACGCUCUCCCUGCGCCUCUAACUUCUUGGCCAUAUGCGAGAGUAGCCUCGAGUACACAAUCACACAUCCUUGCCCGCCAUGGGCCGCUACGACUUCCGUCCCCUUCGCGUGCGCCAGACGGCAAAGGCCCUCUUCGACGCCAAACGAAAUCCCAAUCUACCGCAGUGGUACGAUGUAGUCGGCAACAUACCGCCAGGAGAGACGCUCGCACGACCGGUUCUGCGUAUACCGAAGCCUCGCCACGCACGCAAAGCCAGCCAACUAUUCAAGCCUUUACCCAUUGCAUACCCAGAGGACAAGCUGCGAUCAGACUUCUUCGGCGACCACCCGUGGGAACUGGCACGACCGAGAUUAGUCGUCGAAGACAGCGGGAAUGAUGCAAAGAGAUUCGACUGGAGUAAGAUUGUGCAGCCGGGGAAACAGUUGGAUGGCGAAAGCGUCGUCCAGCGCCAGAUGUGGCUCAUGAAGCACCGUUCCCUCUCCAAAGCCUCUGCCUACGAUCAGGCACGCCGCGAAUUCUAUUCCCACCGCCACCUCUCCGAAAUCCGGUCACGCAUCGCCAAAGAAGAAGCCCUCCAUGUCGGUGCCUACUUUGGCAAAGGACCCCUUGAGAUCGGCAUGCAGCUCGAAGAUCAGUCUUGGGAGAACUGGAAGAGAUGGGCUGCCAGCCAAAUUGAGAAUGAGCAGGCCAUGCGUGCCCAGAUGUUCAGCGGGCAGCAGGACGACGGCAGUAGUACGGAGAUGAGCAGCGCGGAGUAUGAGACUGCCAUUGACGAGUUGGGAAGUCAGGGAAGUGCACCGAAUACACCACAGGGACAGGCGCCCAAGGGUGGCGCACCGGCACAUGCCUGAGGGUAUAUGGGUUAGAGAGUGAAGUGUACUAAUAUUGUACUUUCUGAGUAGAUGACCACUUGGGCGAACAGAGGCAUAUUUAUUACGUGUAAAAUCUACUGUAGUCACUACAGAAUUCUCUCAAACGCUUACAGAUAUGUGUGCUACCUUCUCAGGUAGCGACGACUCGCCUAUGAGUAUGAUAAGGACGGUUGUAAGAUGAAUUAACCAAUAAGACAUUAACUUCGAUAGUCUAAUAU